CGCCGCCGGCAGCACCUCCCUCCCCCGGCCGGUCCCCGGCCCGCGUUGGGGCAUGCCUGCGAGCAUGUUCAGCAUCGACAACAUCCUGGCGGCCAGACCUCGCUGCAAGGACUCGGUGCUGCUGCCCCCGAGCGCCGCGCCCGUCGUCUUCCCCAGCCUGCACGGGGACUCGCUCUACGGCGCUGCCUCCGACUACGGAGGAUUUUACUCCCGGGCGGUGGCCCCCGGCUCGGCGCUGCCGGCGGUCGGCGGCUCCCGCCUGGGCUACAACAACUACUACUACGGGCAGCUGCAUGUGCCCGCAUCCCCCGUGGGCCCGUCGUGUUGCGGGGCCGUGCCGCCGCUGGGAGCCCAGCAGUGCUCCUGCGUGCCCCCCGCAGGUUACGAGGGCGCUGGGUCGGUGCUGAUGUCCCCUGUUCCCCAUCAGAUGUUGCCCUACAUGAACGUGGGCACUUUGUCCCGGACGGAGCUGCAGUUACUCAACCAGCUGCACUGCCGGCGGAAAAGACGGCACAGGACUAUCUUCACUGACGAGCAGCUCGAAGCGCUGGAAAACCUCUUCCAGGAAACGAAAUACCCGGACGUGGGCACCAGGGAACAGCUGGCGAGGAGGGUGCACUUAAGAGAGGAAAAAGUGGAGGUUUGGUUCAAAAACCGCCGGGCGAAAUGGAGGAGGCAAAAGCGGUCGUCUUCCGAGGAGUCGGAAAAUGCACAAAAAUGGAAUAAAGCGUCUAAAACGUCUCCGGAGAAGAGGCAAGAAGACGGGAAAAGCGAUUUGGACUCCGACAGCUGAUGCCGCGCAGGGGGACGCUCCCCGUGGACUGUAGGAUACGCUCCGGAGGAUGCUACUAUCUUGCACAAGCUCUGCCUUGUCGGAGGGGAAAACUAUCUGUAUAUAAUGUACAAUACCCCGAGUUGAUUUCGUGUAAAUAAAAUGUGUUGCGGAGGUGUUGCACAGGCAGCCGGUGCCGGAUCCGUGCCGCGGGCGAGGGGAGGCCGGGCCGCAGGUGGCCGCGAGCGGGAUGGGCCCGGCCGGAGCCGAGCGGAGGGGGAACGGGGCCGAGCCCGAGCGACGGGUGGCGGAGCGGUUCCUGCGUGUUCCCCGAAGUGAGGCGCGGAGGCCGCAGUCAUAGCGAUCCGGUAAUUUAUUAGGCCCGCGGCAAAAUGCCUUUUUUAUUAUUAUUUUCUUCCCCCACGUCCUUUAUUGCUCCCUCACCUCCUUUGUACUCCCGGCUCAUAAAGCUGGAAUAUUUGCAGGCAGCAUAAAUCCAGCCUCCCGCUUGUUCUUCUGCUGUGUUUCUUUGCACUUUUUGCUCUCUUUUCUGCUUUCUGGAGCUAUGCCCCGCUGAGUUUCUAGAAGUUUGCCUUUGACCCAUGUUUAGAAAAUCUAUCUCACUACAUCAGCGUCCAAAAGCGCUCUUAAUAAAUUUCAGCCUCUAUCAGCUGCCUGAAGCUUGAAGUGCAGAACAAGCCCUCAUCUAUUGCUCUCGGGGAUGUUUGCUAAGAAGUUGCAACUUGAUGUUUGGCCCCUUUGAGACAGCACCUUUGCUGUUAGGAAAGCAGCUCUCAUUUUGCUCUUCCUUUGGGGAGGCCCCCUUUGCAGAGACAUCUAUUCUCCCCAUAAAAUCCACGCUCUUCUUUUUUUAUGCCAUUUUUCCGUGUCUCCCAGAAUCUCAAGACUUGUCCCUGCAAAGCAGAGCUACCACUCCAAGAUGGCCACUUUUUCAUAUUGCUUUGCUGAGAAGGGCCUUCUCUUUCCUCCUUGAGAGUUCUAUAAACUGAAUACUUAUGACCUGAAGGUACGAAGUCAAUGCAGAUAACCUCCAACUGGAAACCUCCAUGUUGUGUCUUUCAAUCAGCAGUUAAGGUUAAUUAACCUGAUUUUCCUUAAUUACCUCAAAUGGCUGAACUCACCUGUAUCCAUGCAGCUUGUCUGGAUUAGACAAGACAUAUAGGUAUGCUCUAAACAUUGCUUCCAGUGAUGCCAGAAAUGGUUUACAGCUGUGCUGGUUGUCCUCGUGCUUUUCCUCGCUUUUGUGAUAUUUUCAGUUUUUAUGGGCAAUGUAGCAUGGUGCAUACCAUAGGUGUCAGUGGGACAGGGAGGGUCCCGGUAGCUGUCUGCUCAGGUAAUGUUUCCAAACAUUAUCUGUGUUUCCUCGUAGAUGUGGUAUUUCUCUCUGAGCAAACUCUCCCUGUACCAGGAUGUAGUAGUAGCUGCUGAGGAACAAAUUAACCGAGGUUUUGUAUGAGUCAG